GCGGCUUCCGCGUUUUCGCCGCGCAUCCGCAGCCCUCCGCGCGCUCUUCCGGCCAUUCAUACGGCUUGUCUGGGAGUCUUUGGGGCCUGAAUUCCGUGUCCAGAGGGAGGCUGCAGCGCUAGGAUGAAGCUCGUGAGAUUUUUGAUGAAAUUGAGUCAUGAAACCGUAACCAUUGAAUUGAAGAAUGGAACACAAGUCCAUGGAACAAUCACAGGUGUAGAUGUUAGCAUGAAUACACAUCUUAAAGCUGUGAAAAUGACCCUGAAGAACAGAGAACCUGUACAGUUGGAAACAUUGAGUAUUCGAGGAAACAACAUUCGAUACUUUAUUCUACCAGACAGCUUACCUCUUGAUACAUUACUUGUGGAUGUUGAGCCUAAGGUGAAAUCUAAGAAGAGAGAAGCUGUUGCAGGACGAGGCCGAGGCCGAGGCAGAGGAAGAGGACGUGGUCGCGGCAGAGGAAGAGGGGGUCCUAGGCGAUAAUGUCUUUCAAGAUUACUGUUCCAAAGUGAUAUGGAAUUGGGGGAUAUUUUUUGUACAGGUUUUGUUUGUCAGUUUUUAAUAAACUUAAGUGUGGGAUGAA